ACGUCACAUCAAAACAUGAGUGACACAUUUCUAUUGGAUGUCACUGAGAGUGCCGACCAUUGUGUUUUUGAAAGUUCAAUGAACCGCAGGAGAGCUCCUCGUCGCAUCUAUCACUCUCAGAGGAGGGGUGCGCAAUCAGAAGGAGGAUGGAGACAGAGGAACGAAGAGCAAGGUCAAGGAAAAGCACAGGUGAGAGAGGUUGAGGAGAGUCGAGAGCAGCAGGGGAAAGAAACCGUGCCAAGGGGAACAUGUCAGACCAUGUGCCCCGCUCGGGAGUUGCGAGACCGCGAGGCACAGAACCGCCUUCAUCGUUUUGAGAUGUUGGCAGGCACAGAAAGAGAUAGAUUGCCCAAGGGAGACCCUUUGCGUGCCGUAAAAGAAUAUUCCAGACCAGCAGCUGGGAAAGACUCGACUAACCCCACUCAUCUCCGUCCACCUGCUGUGUUGCUGAAAGCUGUGUGUUACCUAAUUGAUGACAUUGCUGCAUCCACAGACCUGCACCCCUGGACUGAGGUGUAUAGCUUUGUCUUUGAUCGGCUUCGUGGUGUAAAGCAGGAUAUGAUCAUCCAGAGGGUUUCGGGGGUGGACUGUGUCGCCAUCUUAGAGCGGACAGUGCGUUUUCUUAUUUACUCCUCUUACCAGCUCUGUGGUGAGCCACUGCGACUCUAUGACCCACGCAUUAAUGACAUGCACCUACAGGAGAAUCUGAGCUGGCUGUUGGAUUGCUACAAAACUGGAACAGGGCUGAACCCCAACCAGGAGGAGUUCCAGGCUCUUGGUCUACUGUACAACCUGGGUUCAGCUCGUGUUGCACAACACAUCAUGGAGCUCCCUGAGCGGCUGCGCAGCUCUCCUGCCAUUUCACUUGCUCUUUCCAUCAACCAAGCUUUCCUGGAGCGAAACCCUGUACGUUUGCUGCGAUUGUCUCAGAGGUUGAACUUCCUGCAGAGCUGUGCUCUGCACCGUCAUCUGGUGACCUGUCGUAGAGAUCUACUUCUUAUAUACAGCCACGGACACAGCAGCCGCAACUGUCGCUUUCCUCUUGAUAGAAUGGCUCAACUCUUGUCAUUAGAAACAUCACUUACAAACCAACUCUGCCAGGUGUAUGGAGUGGAGGUCAACCAGGACAGCCAUGUGGUUUUCUCCAAGACUACUUUCACUGAGCCUGAACAAGGAAAACUGCAUUGCAAACUGUAUCACAACAUAGUGGCUGAGAAACAAAGUGACCUCACCAUUGGGAGGAUUAUUCAUGGUUGCUCUUAAGACGAAUACAAGGGUAAAGCAGUAACAGAUGUGCACUUUAUUUAUAUUAGAAGCAAUUUGUUCCUUUUAGGACAUAGAGAGAUCCUGCUUAAAGAAACUUCAGCAGUGCCAGUGUUUAGCUUUGGAUUAUACAACCACAAUGUAAGAUUAUACACAACGUUAGUGUCGGUGCUGUUGUUGAUCAAAGUGUCUUUCACACUCUACCUGAGAGAGGCUGGACAGAUAAUAAAGUUCCUUCCUUUGUGCCUGAAAUACUCUUAAGAUGUGAAAAAAACUUGAUAUUGUAACUGGUUAUUUUAAUAAUGUUGAAAUGUUUUAUUUAUGCAAUGCCUUGUUUUUGUAAAAUAUAUUAAACAUUAUCCUGUGCAACAAUUAA